AUUGAGAGCCUCACUGUCAAAACUCAAUCAAGUCCAGUGUUUUUUCAUUGGCUUCAUUGUUAAAGAACGCUUCGUUUUUUCUUCACGACCCAGUAUUACGUGCAGAACGUUUAUUGUUCAAAAUCACUGGUGUUGUUUGGAAACUCGUUCUUAUCCCAACCAAGACUCGUUUGGAACGGAACCACGACUGGCGGUGGAUUGACAGGCGACAGCGAUUGGAAUUUGGAGAGUAGACAGUUGGAGUUGGCUCGUCCCGUUGUGUGGUUGGCGUAAUUGAAGAAAGCCCUUUGACUAUGGGUUGCUAUCAAGAAGUGAGGGAUCUCUCGAACCCUCAAUACGAGUCCUUCACGUCCAUCGGCCGUUGCAUUCAUUUUGCUGACUUCCACGACUGCUGGGAGAGGAAGGAUUUCGUCACCCGACGCUUAAAUAGCACCAGAGGCAGCUGUGGAUAUCAGGUUUUGUGGAUGGCUCCCUCCAAGACCAGCACUGAGCACAAUUUCUACGGCAACAUGACGUUCACAAUAGAUUUCAACGAGCUUCUUGAUCGCGUCAGGCCUGCAAACAUGUACUUUGUUGACCAAAUCAAGUUCAACCAGCAUAUGGCUACAAGAAUUUUACUCACGCGUCAUUCGUAUCCUCGUCUGAAAUCGGUGAACACUUCAGCAGCCGAUUCGCCUCUGAAGGUCACGUAUGGAUCACCGCGUGGCUGGCAACACGCCACAUCGUGUUCCGUAUAUGGUAGUAUGCAACCUCAUAAACUGGAGAUUGCCUUCCACCCCACAGGAACUGACAGCUCGUGGCUCUUCCGCAAAUGCAGAAUUUCAGCGAACUAUCACUCGAAGGCUAAUACAGGUGCGUACCACGCCUGUCACAGGUUUAAUAAUUUCGGAAAACAGUGUCCGCAUUCUUUGGAUGACGAAAGCAGCGUCCGCAUUAUACGUUCCUGGGUGAAAGCACUGGAAGAAAAUCAAGAAACUGAAAGCAUUUCGGCAAAAACUGACCGUGAUGUGUUUGCGCUAGCGUACAAGGAGGUUACAGGCAAGCAAUACGAUAACCGAGGAAGAGGCUUUUAGGUCAGAGCCUCUGUCUGGAUUGACUGCAACCGACCCCUUGGUCCGGAAAAUUUGAUUGGAAAAUGAAUGCAUUGCAUGAUAUGCUGUAGCAUUGAAUAUUAUUUUAAAAGCUGUAGAUUUCUUUAAGGUAUUAGUAUAUUCUUGUGUGUGUUGGUAAAAAAAUUAGUGACUCCUGACCUGCAAAAAAGUUGAAUUGCAGUGAAGUUGUUCAAUGAUGUCGCAAAUUCUGGAAAUAAUUCAAAUUAUAUUUUUCAAUUUUUAUGGUAAGUUCUCAUGUUUUUUUCUUGCAUUUUUAUCUAAAGUGAUUUAUAAUUGUAGUCGCUUCGGAUAAUUCAUUUACUGUUGAAAAGUAUUUUCUGAGAAAUAGAUUCAUUUUUAAUAUCUUACGAGAGUCUUGUGCAAUUCUCUGACUAAGAUACAUCUCCUUAAAAAUCUCGAUAUGGAGAUAUGUCAAAUUUGUAUUAUUGUUGAAAUAUACAUAUUGGUUUCGAAACGUUGUAGUGAUUUCAAGAGUAUUAUUAGAAUAAAACAGUAUUUUUGUACAUCCCGAUGUCUUAAUUAGGUACAAUUCUUACCCGUGAACUGAAGGUCAACAAAAUGCGGUAUUUAAAAGACAAC